GUCGGUCACAUGACACUCCGAGCUCUCUGAUUGGCUGCUGGUCACGUGAGAGGAAUUAACCGGAAACAGCGAACCUGACAGAGACUCAGUAUGUGGUUUCUUGUUCUCCUCCUUCUCCCUCUUGGCUCCCAGACAGCAGACAAAUCUGACGGAGAAUGGGUGCAUUUGCCCAGCAAGUGUGAAGUUUGUAAAUAUGUGGCAGUGGAGCUCAAGUCCUCUUUUCAUGAGACAUCUCGGACGAGAGAGGUGAUUGAAACUCGAUAUGGAUUCCUCGAAGAGGACAAAAAGAAAAAGAAGAUUAAAUACAUCAAUUCGGACAUUCGGCUGAUUGAAGUCACGGAGGGCCUUUGUCAAAGGCUCCUGGAAUACAAUUUGCAUAAAGAACGUAGCGGCAGCAAUCGAUUUGCUAAGGGGAUGUCCGAGACCUUCCAGACUCUCCACCACCUUGUCCAUAAAGGAGUAAAGGUGGUAAUGGAUAUUCCGUAUGAUUUGUGGAAUGAAACUUCUGCGGAGGUUGCUGAUAUGAAGAAACAGUGCGAAAUAUUGAUGGAGGAAUAUGAAGAGGUCAUUGAGGACUGGUACCGUAAUCACCAAGAAGAGGAUAUUACAGAUUUUUUGUGUGCCAGACAUGUACUGAAAGGCCAAGAUAAGAGCUGCUUGGACGAGGAAUGGGAGAGUAUGAAGGGGGACACUGGUCCAUCAAAUGGGAAGAAAAAAGUGAAGAAACAAGGAGAGAAGAAAAAAAAGAACAAAAAUAAGACCUUGGGCAUGAAAGACAAGAAUAUCCAGAUUGAAAGCCCUGAAACACAGACUCUUCAAAAUGGAGCCAAAGAGGAACUCUAGCAUCUCAUGAGCCUAUAACCAGCCUCUCUCCAACCAACCUGGGGUUUACCAUCUCCCAGCUGAUACAGCCUCUACCCAACAAACCUGGCAUAUCCCAUCUCCCAGCUGAUAUAUCCUCUCCCCAACUAACAUGGGAUUUACCAUCUCCCAGCUGAUACAGACUCUCCCCAACUAACAUGGGAUUUACCAUAUCCCACCCCCUAGCUGAUAUAUCCUCUCCCCAACUAACAUGGGAUUUACCAUAUCCCAUCUCCCAGCUGAUAUAUCCUGUCCCCAACUAACAUGGGAUUUACCAUAUCCCAUCUCCCAGCUGAUACAGACUCUCCCCAACUUACCUGGGAUUUACCAUAUCCCAUCCCCAACUGAUAUAUCCUCUCCCCAACUAACAUGGGGUUUACCAUAUCCCAUCUCCCAGCUGAUACAGCCUCUACCCAACAAACCUGGCAUUUACCAUAUCCCAUAUCCCAGCUGAUACAGACUCUCCCCAACUAACAUGGGGUUUACCAUAUCCCAUCUCCCAGCUGGUACAGACUCUCCCCAACUAACAUGGGGUUUACCAUAUCCCACCCCCUAGCUGAUAUAUCCUCUCCCCAACUAACAUGGGAUUUACCAUAUCCCAUCUCCCAGCUGAUAUAUCCUGUCCCCAACUAACAUGGGAUUUACCAUAUCCCAUCUCCCAGCUGAUACAGACUCUCCCCAACUUACCUGGGAUUUACCAUAUCCCAUCCCCAACUGAUAUAUCCUCUCCCCAACUAACAUGGGGUUUACCAUAUCCCAUCUCCCAGCUGAUACAGCCUCUACCCAACAAACCUGGCAUUUACCAUAUCCCAUAUCCCAGCUGAUACAGACUCUCCCCAACUAACAUGGGGUUUACCAUAUCCCAUCUCCCAGCUGGUACAGACUCUCCCCAACUAACAUGGGAUUUACCAUAUCCCAUCCCCAACUGAUAUAUCCUCUCCCCAACUAACAUGGGGUUUACCAUAUCCCAUCUCCCAGCUGAUACAGCCUCUACCCAACAAACCUGGCAUUUACCAUAUCCCAUAUCCCAGCUGAUACAGACUCUCCCCAACUAACAUGGGGUUUACCAUAUCCCAUCUCCCAGCUGAUACAGACUCUCCCCAACUUACCUGGGAUUUACCAUAUCCCAUCCCCAACUGAUAUAUCCUCUCCCCAACUAACAUGGGGUUUACCAUAUCCCAUCUCCCAGCUGAUACAGCCUCUACCCAACAAACCUGGCAUUUACCAUAUCCCAUAUCCCAGCUGAUACAGACUCUCCCCAACUAACAUGGGGUUUACCAUAUCCCAUCUCCCAGCUGGUACAGACUCUCCCCA